GAAUCUCUCCUUCGCGAGGCGGCCGGCGGGCGGGAGUCGCCCCGAAGCCUCGGCGGGACACGAUGAAGGCGGCGGCAAUUAAGACCCCCAGAAGGAACGUGCUGAAGAAAGUCUCCGGGAACAAUCAGAAGGACCCUGUUGGGGUGUACUGCCGGUUGCGCCCGGUGCCAGAUCAAGAUUGCUGCAUCGAAGUGAUCAGCAGCACGACUGUCCAGGUUCACCUGCCCGAUGGAUACCGCUGCAGCCGCAAUGGGGAGUACAAAGAGAUGCAGUAUUCAUUUAAAGAAGUGUUUGGCACCAACGUCUCUCAGAGAUGGGUUUUUGAGACAGUCGCUAGACCUCUCGUAGAAGACCUCAUCCGUGGGAAAAAUGGUCUCCUAUUUACUUAUGGUGUUACGGGGAGCGGGAAAACCCACACGAUGACAGGCUCCCCAGGCGACGGCGGACUCCUUCCCCGGUGUUUAGACAUGAUCUUCAACAGCAUAGGGCCUCUCCAGGCCAAACGAUAUGUUUUUAAGCUUGAUGAGAAGAAUGGGGUUGAGAUCCAGUGUGAGGUCGAUGCGCUACUUGAACGCCAGAAGAGGGAAGCGUUACCCGUUCCAAAAACUGCGUCUGGCAAGCAGCCAAUAGACCCUGAAAUUGCUGACAUGAUCAACGUUCAAGAUAAUUGCAAGCUGGAAGAUGUUGACGAAGACAACGUUUACAGUGUGUUUGUCUCUUACAUUGAGAUUUAUAACAACUACAUCUAUGACCUGCUGGAUGAAGCGCCCCUAGAUCCUAUCAAACCAAAGCCCCCCCAGUCCAAAAUACUCCGGGAGGAUCAGAAUCACAACAUGUAUGUAGCGGGAUGCACGGAAGUGGAAGUGAAAUCCACAGAGGAAGCUUUUGAAGUCUUCUGGAGAGGCCAAAAGAAGAGACGCAUCGCCAACACUCAGCUGAAUCGGGAAUCCAGCCGUUCGCACAGCGUGUUUCUAAUUAAAUUAGCCCAGGCUCCACUGGAUGCAGAUGGAGACAAUGUUCUACAGGAUAAAGAGCUGAUCACCUUGAGCCAGCUUUCCCUGGUCGACUUGGCAGGAAGCGAAAGAACAAACCGAACCAAAGCGGAAGGCAGCCGAUUACGCGAAGCAGGGAAUAUUAAUCAGUCCUUGAUGACGCUGAGGACUUGCAUCGAGGCUCUGCGAGAGAAUCAGACCUACGGCACCAACAAGAUGGUCCCCUAUCGUGACUCUAAACUAACCCAUCUUUUCAAGAACUACUUCGAUGGCGAAGGGAAAGUGCGGAUGAUUGUCUGCGUCAACCCAAAGGCUGAAGACUACGAUGAGAGUUUGCAAGUGAUGAGGUUUGCAGAGAUCACCCAGGAAGUGGAGGUGGCCAGGCCUCUUGACAAGCCCUUGUGUGGGCUGACACCCGGCCGCCGCUUCAAGAAUCAGGCCUUCCGGGAGGAGCUGUCGCGGCAGCUGGAAAUCCGAGGCGGCCCAAUUGACGGGGAUCGGGAGCGGGCCGUCACAGAGAUGCUCAUGCAGAGCUUCCCUCCACUGCCUUCCUGUGAGCUCUUGGACAUCAGCGAUGACCAGACCCUUCCUCGGCUGAUCGAAGUGCUCGAGGCCCGCCACAGCAUCCGGCAGAAGCUAACAGCAGAGUUCAACAAGAACGUGCUCUCCUUGAGGAGCAUGAUGCAGGACUUUGACGCCAACCUCGUCUCCAAGGAGAACUAUGCUCAGGCGAGAAUGGCCGAAAAAGACAAGAUAAUAGGAGGACAAAAAUCGGAAAUCGAGCGACUGGAGAAGAAAGCCAAAACUCUGGAAUAUAAGAUCGAUAUCUUGGAGAAAACGACGGGCAUCUAUGAGGAGGAGAAGCGCGGCUUGCAGCAGGAGUUGGAUGCCAGGAACCAGAAGCUGCAGCGCCAGACUUCCGAAAAGCGGCGGCUGGAAGCGCGGUUGCAGGGCGUGGUGACGGAGACCACGAUGAAGUGGGAGAAGGAAUGCGAGCGGCGGGUGGCGGCCAAGCAGCUGGAGAUGCAGAACAAGCUUUGGGUGAAGGACGAGAAGCUGAAGCAGCUGAAGGCCAUCGUCACAGAACCAAAAGGGAGCAAGCUAGAGAGGCCUUCGCGGGAGAAGGACCGGGAGAAAGUGCUGCCACGGUCCAUGUCGCCUCCACCUGUACCCUCUUCUAGUAACUGUGUCAUCACUCAGCUGCCUGCUCACCUGCCCGCCGCAGUCGAGCCGCAGCUGCACAGGCGCUCCAACUCCUGCGACAGCAUCUCCGUGGCCUCUUGCAUCUCGGAGUGGGAGCAGAGGAGGCCUGGCCCCAGCGGCAGCACGCCUGCAGCCAGGAGCAGGCUGCAAGAGCCAGAGCGGGCGAGGCCCUGUGCUGCGGCGGAGAGGAGGCGGGGCAUGCACUGGACUGGAGCCCUCAUGGCCCCCAGCGGUAGAGAGGCACUCGAGAAUGCCCUGCCAGUCCGUCUCCGGCACAGGCGCUCUCGUUCAGCUGGGGAGAGGUGGGUGGACCACAAGCCGCCCUCCAACUUGCAGACAGAAACGGUCAUGCAGCCGCACGUGCCCAACGCCAUCACCGUGGCUGCUGCCAGCGAGAAGGCCCUGGCCAAGUGCGACAAGUACAUGCUCACCCACCAGGAGUUGGCUUCCGACGGGGAGAUCGAGACGAGGCUGAUCAAGGGCGACGUUUUCAAGACCAGGGGGGGCGGCCAGGCAGUCCAGUUCACAGAGGUCGAGACCCUGAAGCAGGAAUCGCCAACUGGGCGAAAGCGGCGAUCGUCUCCCUCCCAUCCUCCAAAUGAUGCUGCUGAGUCAGAAUGGACGGAUGUUGAAACCCGAUGUUCUGUUGCGGUGGAGAUGAAGGCAGGCUCAGGCCUUGGACCCGGGUACCAGCAUCACGCUCAGCCCAAGCGCAGGAAACCAUGAGCUCCUUUGCUGGAGCCGCUCCGUUGUCCCAGGGAUUUCUUCAGACUGCGUAGCUGGCUCUGCUAGGCAGCAGCUAAAGGGAGAGACAUUAAUGAAGAGCUUUUUUUGUGGCCUCGCUGCCCAUCGUGACGUGGAGGAAGAGGGCCUGCUUCUGCUGCUACCUCUUGACUUAGUAAAGCCGCCUCUCGCCUCUCAUUCCCCACACGUGUUCUUCUAGAUGAGCGCAACCUUCUUUUUUUCCUCUUGCCUUCCCCACGUCCCUUUGAGAAACUUUAUAUCAAAAUAUGCUAUUUAUUUAGUUCUCUUGAAGUGUUUUUAAAAGAAUACUUGGGUGCUAGGCUAAAUCUCAAAUAAAUAAAUCGGUUAGAA